CUCUGAAUACAUAUCCAGUCCACAUUGUAUAGACUAAAUAAUGGCAUUUGCAGCACGUAGUUUUCGAAUUUUAUGUAAAGUAUACAAUGGCAAUUCAAACGCAACAUACUCGACUUUACGAAAACCAUUUACAAAAAUAAAUUUUUCACAAGCGGCUCAAAAAUGCCAAUAUUCUACGGAAAGUAAAUCACCCAAGAUUACAGGUAGUCUAACAAAUAUUCAAGCAUCAUUAUCAACACCAGUUCCAAGUCAAACUUUAUCUGAAAAAAUAAAUCAAAAUCAAGAAAACACAUCUCAAGAAGAUGAAGAAGAGAAAAAGAAACGUGAACAUUCAUGGAAGAUGAUGAAGUACAGCUUUAUUGCUUUUGGAGCCUCUAUAGGAAUUGCUGGAUCUAUGUUUAUUUAUGAAUUAUCACAACCAACUUAUGAUGAAAAUGGAAAUAUUCAAGAAGAUGAAUACUCACAUUUGCCUUUUGUUCAACGAGUUUGGUUUAGAUUCUUUCGAGCAAUAAACUAUUAUAAAAAGCUUGUCCAAGAGCCAAGUCGAGAGAAAUUAUUACCAGAUCCGGUGAAAUAUCCUUACAUCCAGCCUCCAUACACUUUAGUAUUAGAAUUAACCGAUGUGCUGGUACAUCCAGACUGGACAUAUAAAACUGGUUGGAGGUUCAAGAAACGUCCAGGAGUAACUCAAUUUUUAGAGGCUGUAGCUCCUCCUAAUUUUGAAGUUGUUAUAUAUACAGCUGAGCAAGGAAUGACGGUCAAGUUUAUAUUAGAUUCAUUAGACCCUAAUGAUCAUGUCUCGUAUAUUUUGCCAAGAGAUACAACUCGAUUUGUAGAUGGACACCAUGUAAAAGAUUUAGACGCUCUCAACCGAGAUCUUAAGAGGGUAAUAGUGAUAGAUUGGAAUCCAAAUAGUGUUAAAUUACAUCCAGAAAAUACACUAAUACUUCCUCGAUGGACUGGUAAUGACAAUGACACAACGCUUUAUGACUUAGCAGUAUUUUUAAAAACCAUUCUAACAUCUAAUCUUGAUGAUGUACGAGAUGCUUUGGCGUACUAUAAACAAUUUGAUAAUCCAAUGGAAGCUUUUAGAGAAAAUCAGAGAAAAUUACUGCUUCAAAUUCAAGAAGAUGAAAUUCACAAAGCUCAAAGAGAAAGCAGCAAAAAUUUAAUAUCUAAAUGGUCACCGUCUUUUUUGCGAUCGCAUUGAUAAAAAAUAUAUAUGUUAUAUAAUAUAACGCGUACAUAUUUUGUAAUAGUUAUUACUUUGAAUUAAUUAAUUUUUUAUUAUAUAUUAUAUAUUUUAUUAUAUUCAUUGAAAAAGCUGAUAAAAUUUAUAUGGAUCUUAUCAUGAAUUAUGUAGCUGUCUGUAAUAGUUGGAUUCCGGCAAUAAGACAUUUUAUUUUGAAAAUAAAAUAUAGAAACUUACAAUUCCAA